AUGGUUCUGCUCAACCUACUAACAUUUGGCUUGUGGGGAAAGGUCGGAAAAGUAGCUCACUAUGCGUUUGAUGCGCUUUUGAUCUCCACUUUCCUCGCUGGCAUGAGACGAUCGACCGGUUUAACGCCUGGCGGUGAUAAGUUGAAAACACAUUGGCUAACAUAUCAUAUUCGCAGUUUCAAGAAAGAAACCAUUACGGAAAGCAAAGAUAUCAACGUCUGGAUCGAAAAGUACCUCGGCGUGGGCGAGUGGGUGAUGGAUUCAUCCGUGGCAUUCGCAGGGUCCAGCCGCUUUUUCGAGAGGAAGAGAUAA